AAGAAUGAUCUCGCUCUCCCCCGUCGAAAAUCGGUUUCGGCCCUGUUAAACAGUUGCACGGUAGCUCGGGGAAACAUGGCCACUGCUGGAGACUCGAGGAUUGAGCUGCAGAAGGAAUUAGUGUGCUCCAUUUGCCUCGAUUAUUUUGACGACCCCGUGAUCUUAAAAUGCGGCCACAAUUUUUGUCGUAUGUGCAUUUUAAUGCACUGGGAGGAAAAUGGAGGCGACGAUGUGGGUUACCAGUGUCCGGAGUGCAGGAUGGUGUUCGCCAAAAUGAGUUUCACCAAGAACUACCUGGUGAAAAACUUGGUGGAAAAAAUGAGCGACUUCGAUUAUCUGAAAACGUGUAGGCCCUCUGCUCCCGCGAAACCCGUGAAAAUGGACGGGAAAUGUGAGCGGCACCACGAGGAGCUUAAAUUGUACUGCCACUCGGACAGAAAGCCCAUUUGCGUGGUGUGUCGAGAAUCAAGAGCCCACAGACACCAUGAUGUUGCUCCUGUUCCAGAAGUGGUUGAAGACAUGAAGAGUGAGCUCAAGUUAAGACUCAUCAAGUUAAACUGGCAGAAGUCCAUGUGUAGUAGAGUGAAAACCACAGACGAACAGGCCAAAACUGAUGUCAAGUUCAAAAGACAAACUCUGAAGGAGAAGAUCGAGGAGGAUGUUGGUGCCCUGGUUCAGUUUUUGUUAGAUGAAAAGGAUGAUCUUUUGGAAAGGCUGGAAGCUGAAGCGACAGCCACUAUUGGAUUGAUAGACGAGAACUUAAAGCGCGUGGAGAGCGAAGCAGCCAAGGUGGACAAAGCCAUCACUGAAAUUCAGAACCAUCUUAGUGAUGGGGCUAACUUUGAGAGUAUCAGUAGUUCAUACUCAAGACCCUGCCACACCAACCUCAACAUUCAGUCUUCAUGCUGCCCUGCAGAUUUCUCAGAGUUCACUGGCCCCUUUCAGCUCAUCAUGUGGAAGAAAAUGAUGCACGUGUUACACACCAUGCCACAGAACCUGACUCUAGAUCUGGACACCGCUCACCCCUCAUUGGCUAUCAGCGACUUCGACACCAAGGUUGAGGAGGGCCGCGUGCGUUCCCAGGAGCCCGACAUGCCUCAGCGUUUCACACGUUUCUUCGGCGUCCUCGCCACAGCCCAGUAUUCCAGCGGAAAGCACUAUUGGGAAGUGGACGUACGGGACAAAGGUGUCUGGUAUUUGGGCGUCACCACAGAGUACAGCAACCGCAAGGGUUUCGUCAACCUUUCGCCCUCCGCCGGAUACUGGAGCCUGUGUCUCCAAGACCGGCUGUACGCCAACGAAGAGGACUCGCGUGUGCCCGUGGCAGACUAUUGGAACUCGCCGCGCGUCGGCAUCUUUCUAGAUUACGACAGAGGCCACGUUAUGUUUUUCGACGCGGUCACCAUGAAGCGCAUCUAUAACUUUGUCACAUACUUUGACGAACCCGUGUCGCCUUUCUUUAGCCCCGGGAAGAACGAUCCAGGCAGUCGACUUCAGAUAUGUCAUUUCUACUGAAAACCUAUGGAGAUGAAGAAAAAAACAAGGCUCCUUUUAUUGCUUCUAUCCCAUACGAAAACGUUUCAGGGUAUUUCCUCCUGAAAGCUGGGAGGGAGUGUUCAAUCUCUGCAGGGGUUUUGGAUUCAGUUGAUCUGAAUUGAGAACUUGUUGUGUAAGAGCUUUCAUACACCAUAAUCUGAUGGAGCGAAUUUAAUUUCUCUUGAAUUAUGAUGUAGCCCCACUGACAUUCAGGUAGAGAGAUUGCAGGUUAUACGCAAAUUUGAACUUGAGCUGCUUCAUGUAGUCUUGUCUAUGACCUAAGUGUUGUCUUUUGUACAAUGUACAGGUAAAAAUAAGGACUGAAGUGUCUUGUUGGGUCAAAAACUGAAAAGCUAAAUAUUUGACUCGUAACUUUUACAUUUUUUGACCACCCAUUAUAUGGCAUAUUCAGUUGUUUUCGUUUUUUUCUUUGAACAGUGUUCUAUUUUAAAGUGUUUGUCAGAUAAAUUACCCUAUCUUGAUAUGUGGGUAUAAGUAAUGAGUUCUGUUACAAAAAUGUUGUACAAAGAUGUUUUAGCUGCAGACUGCAAUAGGUGCUAUGCAACCGUGUACAUGUGGCGAGUUUCCAGCAACAAAAUAGGUCAGAUAUUUUGCGAAGAUCUUUUUUUCCUAUUUAAUUUGUAAUGACUUCUAAAGCUGUGCACCGUUCUUGUUACAUCGUUUCAUUAUAUUAAAUAUUUUAAUCCA